UCUUCACUUGCUAGAACAGUGUUGUUGAUCUGAUUUCAAAUUCAUUUCUAGGUCAAAAUUAUAAUUUUCUUCUUCUUGUUGUUGUAAUGGAGAGGACUCAGAAGAAGUAUGGUGAUGAUGAUGAUAUUGUUAUUAAGAUGGAGAAGGAUGAGAUUCCUCCAGAUGAACAUCGUUGUUCUCAAACUGGUGGAAUUGGAAAAGCAUGGAGAUGCAAGAAUUUCAGGAUGAAUCAUGGUGCUUCUGCUGCUGCUGAUGAUAGUGUUUUUAAGAGUAGGCUUUGCGAAAAGCAUUAUUACUAUUAUGAAAAGUAUAAGAAGAGAAGUGGAAAUGGUGAAACUAGGGCUUCCAAAAGGGGAAAGAAGGUAAAAGAGGAAGAUGAAACACGAGGAAUUCAACAAAUUACAUGUGAUGAUGAUACAGCUGAUGCAAUUGUAGAAGGUGGUUCUGUCAAAUUUGGGGACAAGAAGAAAAAUGUGGAAAGAACUGAAAGGUCUGGAAAGCUAAAAUUACUGACAAAACCUGUGGUUGAAACUAGGGCCUCGAAACUGAGGAUGAUGAUAACGGAAGGUGACCGGCUUGUUGAUGAAACAAGUAAUCAACAAAUUACUUGUGAUGAUGAUACAGCUGAUACAAUUAUAAAAUGUGGUUCUGCCAAUAUUCGGAGGAAGAGGAAAAAUGUCGAAAGAACAAAAAGGUCUGGAGAACUAGAGUCACUCGCAAGCGCCAAGGAAGGUGUGGUUGGGUUGGAGAAUCUGGAACACUAUAAGACCAAGUGUUUUGAAUUGUCUUUGGAGCUUGAGAGGAAGAAAGUGGAAGAAACUAGAAGGACUGCUGAGCCUGAGACUGAGACUGAAUGGACACCCACGGAUGCCACUGCAAGUUGGGAGAAGAUGUUUUCCUAUUUGGAGAGUCGACUCCAGAGGAAGGAAAACGGAAAUUCAGCAAUGGGAUCUGUAGAGUCUCGCAUUUCUACUUUGGAGAGCCUAUUCCUGAAGACGGAAAGUAAAUAUUCAACAAUGGCGGGAUGUGUAGAGUCUCACAUUUCAAAGUUGCAGAGCCUAGUCCUGAGGAUGGAAAAUAAAAAUUCAACAAUGGGAUGUUUAGAUUCUCGCAUUUCCAAUUUGGAGAGCCUAAUCCAGAGAUGUGUAGCACCACGUAAUCCUGAAAACAUAGAGUCCGAAGUGUUGGUUCUGCUAAAUGGCGUUACUGGAAAUGGUGAAAAGCAAAGAGAUAAAAACAAGAGGAGCAAACCUGAUGCUGAAACCAGCAGUAGAGGGAGAAAGGAUUCUCAUAUGUAUGAGUGGAAAACCAAAGAGAAGGUGCUGAGUGUGUAUGACCUUGGCGUCAAUAAGCAUCAUGAUUCAGAGUUGGAAUUUCCAAAAAACUCUGCAAUGAACAUUUCUUCUGGAUGUCUACAAUUAUCAGUUGGGGGUGAAAACGUUGAAGAAUGGAAUGGUAGGGGCUGUUCGGAUGUGAGACCAUCUCAACAUGGAUCGUCAUUUCAAGAUCAAUUGGACAUGAGUAAGAAGCUGUUCGCCAACUUGGUCUCAGAUGACGGUGGUAAAAGUCUUGGGGAAUCUGAAGAUACUGAUAGUUCGUUUGAUUCGAAAAAUUCUCUUGGUGACCUUAAUAACAUACUGGCAAUGAAAUAUAGGAGGAAUAGGAGCGACGACAAACAAAUGAAAUGGAAAUCUGAGGCUGAUAUGCUUUCCUCAUUUGAAGAGGAUCCCUUGCUCUGUAUGAGAGCUGUUUGUGCAAUCCAUCGACAGCAGAUAUCCGAAGACAAAAUAUCAGAAAAGGGGUUGUUCUAUUACCCUGAUGUGCUCAGGAUUAUUACUCUGGCCAACUUUCUAACGGAAGAGAACUGCAAAGGAGACUUAAAGAAGUCCUUGAAAGAUCUGGAGAUAUUUGAUUCUAAAGGGGUUGUUGACUGCAAGAGGAUGGCUAGAAGAUACUCGAUUCAGUUAUUCAGUGUCUAUCAAAAUGGAAAAGAUCCUUUUUUUCCUCCCUGCUACAACUGCUAAGUGAUAGAUUGUUGUGUAAGUGGCCUAUCGCUUUUUUGACUUGGCGUUACAAUCUUGCAUCUCGUUUGAACCUCCUCUAAUUUUUGUACACAUGAAAUGGAGAACUGGUAGUAACUGAUAUUAUGGUAGCGGAUUGAUAAUGUGAUGCUUAAAAUCAAAUACUGUAAUUACAACUAAAGCUAGUUGUUAAGCAAUGUUACCCUUUCUUCCUUUUUA